AACAAACGUAGCGCAGGGGAAUGCAACUAAGUGGGGUUAUAUGCGUCAUUGCUACCUAGGCCCGACUGUUCAGAUGAAGAAAUUAAUAUCCGGGGUUACCGCGAUGCCAGGUAUGUAACUAACCUAACCGCUUAAUCGGUAUCGUAACUGGCGCAAAACAAUGCAGGUCGCCAUCAUCUGACUUUUGAGUUUGACCGUACAACUGUUAACCCGCUACUUCAAUACGUUAUUCCGACAAACCCCCCGGGCCUUGGAAACUUUCUUUGUCUUGUUAUAAACUCGGCGGUUCGAACCGUUUAACUCUCCCGCCAAUUAGUCUAGCACAUUUUGCCAGAAUGACAACUAUCUAGUGGUUCUCCGAGACGAAGUCACGUCGAAAGUCCUUUUUUGCGCAAAGUUGAAACCUUCAUCACGAGGACACAAGUACAGGUUUACCAGCCAUUCUCGAGAGUCUCGUGCUCAAUUUCAAAAUGGCCUUUUUACAAUUACAGAAGGACCUCGACAAGCUGACCGGCUCAGCUAAGUUGUCCGAUGCGGUACAAGAUGUCGACAAGGUCAUAGACCUUCUCACCGCUGCGCGGGAAAAGGUGGCAUCAGCAAAUAACCCUCAUACUACUAAUCUAACCCUCGCUAAACUACAAAAUCCCAUAAAGGAGCAACUAGACGUCUUAAAUAGCAAUUUAAGACAUGUCUACAAGGCCCAGAAUGAGUUCAACAAGUCCCUAAAGAAUGCUUUUCCUAAAGCCCAGGGCACUCUGCCUACCGAACACGACCCCAUGGAGUCGCACUCGACUCUUAUAAACCGGGCUAUCGUCAUGCAUCUACUACGAGAGGGCCAGUUUGGCGUAGCCUCGACGUUUAUCAACGAAGCACAUCAACAACCUGACUCUCGACAACAGCCCGAGCCUACGCAGAUUCAGCAGCCCGAAUCUCAACCAUCUGACUCCGACUUUCAUCCAGUCAUGUCUCCUGAAUACCUACCACCUACCGACGCCAUCAUAUCCGAUGCCGAUAUCCCUUCCGACCUAACGGCAUUCCAUUCUCAAGCCCUCCAGUCCUCCUUCGCCGACAUGUAUUCCAUUCUCUCCUCCCUCAAAGCACACAACCUAUUACCUGCUAUAAGCUGGGCCAGAGAGAACUGCGUAGAACUUGAGGCGAGGGGCUCUAACCUAGAGUUUGAGCUCUGCAAGCUACAAUUCAUAUGGCUGUUCAAAGGUCCUGAAAUCAAUGGGCUGCCUAAUACGUCAGAGAAUGGGGUACAGGGCGCAUUACAAUAUGCUAGGGAGAACUUUGGUCGUUUCCAGCACCGCCAUCUGCGCGAGAUUCGACAGCUCAGCGCCGCAAUAGUGUAUUCCCGGAACCUAGCAGACUCGCCGUAUAGUUCUAUAUUUGACAUCUCGGCAGCUUUUGAUGAGGUCUCAGCAUCAUUUACUCGAGAAUUCUGUUCACUUUUGGGUUUAUCAGCCGAAUCACCCCUCUACGUCGCAGCUACGGCCGGGGCUCUGGCUUUGCCUCAACUAGUCAAGUACAACUCUAAAACAAAGGCGAAGGGCACCGAGUGGACAACGGCCAACGAGCUGGCCUUCGAGACGCCGCUUCCCCGGAGCAUGAUGUACCACUCCAUUUUUGUGUGCCCCGUGAGCAAGGAACAAACUACGGAAUCGAACCCGCCUGUCAUCCUACCUUGCGGCCACGUUUUAGCAAAAGAGAGCUUGCACAGGCUAGCUAAAGGUAGCCGGUACAAGUGCCCGUACUGCCCUAGUGAAGGUGUUGUUAAAGACGCAAAGGAGAUCAUAUUGUAAGCAUAUUACAGAACAAAUAUUAAUUCGUUAGGAAAUGCGUGCAUUAUUUCUCAUGCGUUUGCCGGAAAUGGGAUUGAUUAAUUGAAUUCGGCGUAUGGCGAUAGGGUCGGUCAGGGGAUGUCGCUCUCACGAGGGUCUUGGAGGACGGUGUGCCAAAACUCAACUCGGGCGUCAACGCGCCAGAACGUACUUAACGUACCUAUUUAGGGACAUUGCUUUACAUGAUUAUAAUGAAGUCUCCGGGGGUAUAUUUAUUCCAUCCUCCUUGCUAGGAUAUGAGAUUUAAUACAGUUAAAGAUCAAAAGUACAUGUCGUAAAAGCUAAGUGCCUUCAAUAUUCCUUUAUAUACGAGGGACGUUUUCAAAUAACUAGUAUAAAUUUGUCUUGGACUGUUUUGUAGAUAUCAUUUCGCUUCAUUUAGAGGAGCUUAAUAAUUUAAUACUAGUGGAAUAGUUAGAUUACUGUUUUGAAUAGUAGCAUUACACC